CGGUGCCUCGCAUGUCCUGCUUUGCGCCGCUGCCCGCCACGUCGUCAAAAGGUCUUGGUUGAGGCCGAAUCUCGGUUCAGAAUCUGCGCGCGUCUGCAUUGCAUCCGAUUGAGCUGCUGUCGGCACGGUGCGCCCGCUCUGGAAUGACGAUUGCGACUACUGCUGCUAGGUACCUGUAGCAUCAAGCUGUAGCUCGGCCAGCUCCCACAAUGGACAGCUUCGAGAAGCAGGGGCUGAACGAGGACGACUUUGGCGCAAAGGGCAGCAUCGUCAGCGCCUUUGAUGCAUUCCCCAAGGCAAAGCCUCAGUAUGUGACAAAGACGGCGGGCGGCGGCAAAUGGACCGUCGCCAUGCUCCUCGUCUCCAGCAUCUUCCUGUGGUCUGAGAUUGGCCGCUGGUGGCGCGGCUCCGAGCACCACACGUUUGCCGUCGAAAAGGGCAUCGGCCACGACAUGCAGAUCAACCUCGACAUCGUCGUCAAGAUGAGCUGCGGCGAUCUGCACGUCAACGUGCAGGACGCGUCUGGCGACCGGAUCCUCGCCGGCGACAAGCUGACCCGCGACGCCACCAACUGGGAGCAGUGGGUGGACGCAAAGGGCGUGCACCGCCUCGGCAAGAACGAGAACGGCAAGCUGGACACGGGCGCGGGCUGGCACGGCGCGCACGACGAGGGCUUUGGCGAGGAGCACGUCCACGACAUUGUGUCCCUCAGUCGCAAGAAGGCCAAGUGGGCCAAGACGCCGAAGCCGAGGGGCAGGACGGACAGCUGCCGCAUGUACGGCAGCCUGGACCUGAACAAGGUGCAGGGCGAUUUCCACAUCACGGCCCGAGGCCACGGCUACAGCGGAAUUGGCGGCCAUCUGGACCAUGACAAAUUCAACUUUUCUCACAUCAUCUCGGAACUGUCGUACGGCCCCUUUUACCCGUCGCUGAUCAACCCCCUCGACCGCACCGUAAACACGGCCAUUGUCCACUUCCACAAGUUUCAGUACUACCUCUCCGUCGUGCCAACCGUCUACAUAGCCAGCCACCGCAUCGUAAACACCAACCAGUACGCCGUCACAGAGCAGAGCAAGACCAUCUCGGACCACCAGGUGCCCGGCAUCUUCUUCAAGUAUGACAUUGAGCCCAUCAUGCUGAGCGUGGAGGAGACGCGCGACGGCUUCUUUGCCUUUUUGCUCAAGCUCGUCAACGUCUUCAGCGGCGUCAUGGUGGCGGGCCACUGGGGGUAUACGCUGAGCGACUGGGUGCGCGAGGUCAUUGGCAAGAGGCGGCGAAGUAACGGCGGCAUUGGCAUGCUGGGCAACAAGCACGAGUAUGAUGAUUAGGGGUGCCUAGUAGUUAGCAUGUGUGGGGUGGAAGCAUGGAGUGUAUAUGGUUUCAAAGCUCAGCUUGGGUUACGGGCGUAGUUGGUUCAUUGGUUCUGUUUA